GAGCUUUAGCUACUCUCUCUCUCUCUCUCUCUCUGACCCCACGCAGUCAGAUAUUGAUGGUCAAAUCCCAGGAAGCAAACAACAGCAACUUGCGGCUUUGCGGCAGUCAGAUCAAGACCUAAAACUUCUCCUCACCAUCUGAACUUAACACUCACUCUCUCUUUCUCUCUUUAUUUUCUCUCUCUAACCCAUCUCCCUCCCUUUACAUAUAUGCUGAUGAUCGCAGCAGCUUCAUCAAUCUCCUUCGGACCUUCGCACUGCCAUUAUUGUCAUGCUGAAGGGGUUGGUUGCUCAACAUCUUAUGGAGUCACUAGCAGGUGGAUCGGAUCUUCUUUUGAUUGUCAAAGAAUUACUGAUCAUUCAGGCAUAAGUUUCAGAUGUGGGAAUCCAUUUUUUGGAGCUACGCGAUCCCAGUGGUUGCAAUUGGGGGAUGAAAUGAGCCUUUCUAAAGUGUUUGUCGCUGCAGAUUAUUCAGAUUCAGUACCUGAUUCAUCUAAUUAUUUAGGCCAUAAUGGGUAUCAUCCUCUUGAGGAAUUGAAAGAUCGCAAAAGAGUUCGUGACAUUAACCUCACCUCUGCUGAAAUAGCACGGACUGCAGUUGAGGCAAACAACAGUGCUUGGUUGAUAUUUCCAAGUAUGGUGCACUGUGAACCACACAGACAAAUCUCAUGGGCUGAGUUUCAAUAUGUUAUUGAUGAGUGGGGAGAUAUAUUUUUUGAAAUUUCUGAUGAUGAAAACAUCUUGCAAGAUCGUGGUGCAAGUAACCCUGUGAAUGCUUUAUUUGGGAUGGAUAUCCCACUAUAUGAGAACAAAUGGAUAUAUGAUGCUGAAUAUGACAUUUCUGAGAGUGGUUUUAGGGAUGAAAUUUCUUUUCGUGAUGAUUACUUUGAGUUGGAGGGUUCUGAAAUUUUCGAUAUCCCAGUUGACUGGGGAAGGCCAGAUACUUCCAGAUCGGUUCAUCCAGUUUAUUUUGGAAAAUGUUUGGCAAAGGUGAUUACUGCUUGGCCUGGUAGCUAA